AUGAUGUCUUCUUAAUAAUUAAUAUUUGGCAAACUAAAUUAAAAGAGUCUAAUUUCAUCCUAUUUGAAUUUGUAUGAAUAUAAUGAAUCGAGUAUUAUUGGUAUUUAAUCAGUUUUAGAAACUGAUAUUACAAUAUCAUUUUCUUAUUAAACAAAUGAGGAAUGUUUCUAGUACUAUUGUAUAUAAAUUUAGUGAUUGUAAGCAUGAUUCUGAAUGUCGAAAUUCAUUCUGCAUUUGUAGAGAGUAAUAACUUGGAAAUGAUUGUCAUUUACUUUUAGAUAAUAUCUAAACUCAAAAUAUGUUUUAGGGAUAUAAAAUGUACUAUUUAGAUAUAAGACAAUUUAAUAAUAUAGAUUAUGUAUUAAAAUUUUAGGAUAAUACAAAAUAUAUAACUUAUUGUAUCAUUGAUAACAUGAAUCCAAAUUUAGUUUAAAUAAAUAUUAAUAGCAUUUUGAACAUCACAUAAAGUGAUAUAGCAUCCUGUUAAAAUAAAAUUGAAUAAUUCUAAAAAUAAUUUAAUUAAACUGUUAAUUUCUAUUAUUUAAUUUUUUUUGAUAAUUUAGAAAUCACCUAUUUAAGUUAAAACAAUGAUGUUGCAGAUGCUUAUUAAUUAAUCAUUAUAUUAACUACAAUCAUAGCUACAUUAUUCCUUUUAAUAAUUGUUUGUAUUAUGAGAUCAAAAUUUAAAAAAAAAGCAAGAGUUCCAAAAAGGACGAAUUUAGAACCUGCAAAAUAGGAUGAAAAUACCAUUAUCCCUUUGAUCAAUAGAUUAUUUCCAUCUCAAGAAUAUGGAGCCUUGAUUACAAGAUAAAAUAAGUAUUUGGCAUAUGAUAAAUGCUCUAUUUGUUUAGAUAAAUAUAAUGAUGGAACUUAAAUUAGAUUAAUAUUUUGUGAACAUCUAUUUCAUACUCCAUGUAUAGAUAAAUGGUUGAAUAAUCAUUAAGUAAUAUUAUCAAAUAUUUAUUAGUAUUGUCCUGAUUGCAAAAGCCCAUUCGAUAUCAAUAAUAUUAAAAUUUAACAUAAAAGUCUAAGAUAAUUAGAAAUGCUUUAGUGGAGUUAUAGAAUGGAUGAAAUCAUAAUGAAGAAUGGCCCUUUGGCUAAUUAAGGUAACCAUCAUCAAUCCUUUUCUUAAGUUGAAUCAAUCAGGAAUUUUUAACCUUUCGAUAUCCAUAAUUGA